AUGGGCAUCAGAGACUUUUUCGACAGCCGCUUCUUUGAGCAUAGUUGGAAGAACAAAGUCUUCAUCCUCCAGGUCGUCACUGUUACUAUUGCUUUCAUCCUCGGCAUCGCCAAGGUUGCGACAAAACCAUCGGGUAUCCCCAUGACAAGAUCCGACAUCAUGGCCAUAACGAUGAGUCUCAAGACAUACGCUUUCCUUGCCUACGAAUAUGUCACACAAAAGGUAGACAAGUUCAAAAGAUUCGGAAGUCUCAAAGCCAAUGCGAUUCUGAACACCAUGGACAUCGUCUUCUGGGCGGUCGUGAUGGGCUUGGCGUUUAACAUGGCCACUCAAGUAUGCAUCGGUGCGAACUGUGCAAUUGGCAUUUUGGUCGGCCUGGUGGCGCUGGUCGUUACAAUCGUCAAUUUUUGGGCGGCUGUUAUUGCUUGGAAGGAUCACAAGUACUUCAAGCGCAAUGGCGUCCGGCGUGGCCAUGGUGAGAAGUAA